UAGGUCCCUGGUGUGACGGGUGUCUGAUUAAUUUACUGGGAGGCUUUUACAGGACAGGCAGGAAUGCAGGCCUCACCUACAUCCAAAGUGUCAUGCUUGCUGUUGCUAUGGUGCGCUGUUUUGACUGCAGCCUUCCUGGGAAUGGCUUUCUUUGUUGUAACAGGGCAACACUGUGACAAAAACAAAGAGGUAGACAAAGAUGCUAAUCCAACUAAAGUUAAAGCAAGUGGACAGAUGGGGCAACAAUACAACAGCACUUCUACUGCAGCGCCUCCUACAGUCACCAGUAAGAUCUUACUCCCCAAUAUCGAUGAUCGCCGCAGACAAACGCCUCUCAUUCACUUGACCAGAACAAAAGAAGGCUGGAAAAACUCCCAGAGCACAAGAAGGAUCUCUCUGAAAUCCAAUGUCAUCGUGAUAGAAGAAGAUGGAUAUUACUAUGUCUAUUCACAAGCCACUUUCCUGGUGAAAAGAACAGGUGUACAGCUAGGCAUGACCCUCUUCAAAAACAGCCCCAGCUACCAGAAAAACAAAACCAUCUGCGAAUCCAUGGACUCUCCUCAUUGGGUGAAGAAGCCCCUAUCCCGGACACUGUCCCAGGGCACAGUGGUGAAGCUGGAGAAAGACGAUGAGCUCAAACUUGCUGUUCAGCCAGAAGAGGACCUCGAUCUCGACUCCAUGUUCUUCGGAGCCUUCAAGAUUUCAGAAUGAUUGCUGAUUUUACACAAAUUAAGCAAUCAAAAUGUCCAUUUCUACUUGGCUGUCUACUUUAUUAGAACCUGCACCUAAUAUGAGGGUCACGGUUUGCCCUGAUCACAGUCUUGACAUGGCAUAGACCACAAGGUGUUGGAAGGUGCCUCAUUCAGUCAUGUGUAUUUUACACAUUUGGCGAGACAGGCAGAGAUUGAUGAUAGUGAAUUGUCUUGAACCCGUUGCUGCUUAGCUGCUUAGCGCAUCGGCUUUCUGAGAUCUGAGCAGAUCACAAUCCAAGAAGUAGUACUGACCAGACCUGGUUUGUGUUGAGCGGUUUUCUUUAGAUGAUCAGCAAUGUAGUAUGGAAUUGUACCAUCAAUGACAUGUACAGCUAUGGCCAAAGGUUUUGCAUCACCCUAUAAUAUGAACUAAUUUUGCUUCAUAAAGCCGAAACCUGUUGAAUAAUGUUAUGUUAACAUAUUGAAUCACAUACCACUCUGUAGCUUUACAAGACUGACAAAAAUUAUGUCGGUAGACUUUUGCGAUAUCAUUAUAUAU